AUGAGUUCAUACUCCAAUCGAGGGAAGCUUUUUCAGAAUUUGAGAAAAAGUUCAGGAAAAAUUGUGCCUACAUUUCAGGACCGUGAUGAUUUUUCUCUAGAAGCCACAGUUGAAUCUACAGAAGCCACAACUUCUCCAACGAAUAAUAUUCUCAAUCAUGCACACUUUGACAAUUUUACCAGUCCUAAAAAUAAUGAACAGGCAAAGUCAACUGGAAAGUCUUCUAAUAGAAUUCGGAAUUAUUCUAUCAGCGAGGCAUUCAAUUAUACUAAUAAUCUGACCAAUCCCAAUUUUGACAUAAGUGGACGAAGCUAUGUUAGUAUGAGCCAUCGACCAAGCAUACUCGAAAGCACUGGGUCGCCUCAAGUCAACACUGGUGCCGAAGUGCACGAGCAGACUGCCAACCUUGCCAACAUUGGUGUUGUGGAUAGUGAAGAACGAGAUGGAGAUGAGGAUGGAGCUGAGGAUGGAGAGGGCGGUGACGAUGUGUAUGAUACAAGCAUUCCAGAAGAGGCCAUAGAUGCUGGUGAACCCCAGUACCAGAAAACGAGACUUUCGCCACUUGGAGGAUACGAAAGAUCUUCGUCGUCGCCAACCUACUCUAGCAUAACUCCUUUACUCGGUGAAUCGCGUACUAACUACACUACUGAUGACGAAGAGGGCACAAUAGGCGUACAUCAACAACCCAAUGUUUCAACAAGUCAGAAACCGACGGACUCCAAGAGGAUAUCAACGGCACCACAUGGUAAACCAUCCAGUGCGGAAAAGCAACCUCAGCCAAGUCGUCUACAUCAAUUACUAUUAAAGCCAUUUCAGUUUAUUCCAGGGGUGUUUUUGGGAACUUUGUUAAACAUCUUGGAUGGGUUGUCCUACGGGAUGAUCAUGUUCCCCAUAAGCGAGCCUAUUUUUGCCGCGUUAGCUCCAGCCGGGCUUUCGAUGUUUUACAUGUCGUGUAUAGUAUCCCAGUUGGUAUAUUCGCUAGGUGGAUCCGCGUUCAAGGCAGGUAUUGGAUCGGAAAUGAUUGAAGUUACUCCAUUUUUCCAUACGAUGGCACUUAGUAUUGUCAAGCUGAUCCUGUCCGAUAACUCUGUCGAAAAUCAGAAGGAUGCUAUAAUAGCAACAACCAUUGUCUCGUAUGCAAUUUCAUCUAUUGUGACGGGGUUGGUAUUCUUCUUACUAGGAAAGUUGAAAUUGGGUGUUUUGGUUGGGUUCUUCCCUAGACACAUUCUUGUCGGAUGCAUUGGAGGUGUUGGCUACUUUCUCAUAGCCACUGGUAUUGAAGUAUCGUCAAGGUUGGAAGGAGGGCUCACCUAUAAUUACGAAACAUUCAAGUACUUGUUUUACAACCACACUACAUUUUUGGAAUGGACAUUGCCGUUGGUGUUGGCCUUGCUUUUGGUAGUCCUACAACAUAGAAUACACAAUUCGUUACUAGUGCCAGGCUAUUUCAUUGCCGUGUUUGCUAUAUUUCAUUUGAUAGUGUUGAUUAUUCCCUCGUGGAGUUUGAACGAUGCUCGGAAGAUGGGCUGGGUAUUCCCCGCAGUCGAGGACGAUCAACCUUGGUUUGAGUUUUAUGAGUUGUACAAGUUCCAAUUGGUGGAUUGGUUUUGCAUUGUGAGACAGAUUCCAACAAUGUUGGCUCUAACAUUUUUUGGAAUCUUGCAUGUGCCUAUAAAUGUACCUGCUUUAGCUGUCUCGAUUGGGAUGGACAAUGUUGACGUUGACCGAGAGUUGGUGGCACACGGGUACUCGAAUGCAAUCUCGGGUCUUGUAGGAUCGAUUCAGAACUAUUUGGUGUACACCAAUUCAGUCUUGUUCAUUAGGGCCGGCGCAAAUGAGAGGCUUGCUGGUGUUAUGUUGGCUGUGGCUACAGGGGCUGUAAUGAUUGCUGGACCAGUGGUGAUCGGUUACAUUCCAGUUUGUGUUGUCGGUGCAUUGAUCUACUUGUUGGGAUACGAGCUUCUCAAGGAAUCAGUAUGGGACACUAUUGGAAGAUUGAGGAAGAUUGAGUAUUCAACCAUUCUAAUUAUUGUGGUGACAAUGGGAGCAGUUGACUUUGUUGCAGGAAUAGGUAUUGGUAUAUUGUUAGCAUGUUUGUCCUUUGUUGUUGAAGCUGCGAGAACACCAGUGGUGCAAGGUAUUUACUCUGGCAGUGUUGCAAGAUCAACUGUCUUACGCCAUCCCAAACAGCAAGAGUUUUUGAAGAAUGUCGGUGAUCAAAUUUGUAUAGUCAAGUUGCAAGGAACGAUAUUCUUUGGAUCAAUUGGCGGAGUGGAGGAGGAGAUAAGGUUGAUUUUCGAAGCCGACAAGUUUGACAAAAUGCCAGUCAAGUUUUUGAUUAUUGAUAUGCAUGGUGUUAUAUCGUUGGACUUUUCUGCCGCUGAAGGAUUUAGGAGGAUUUUGAACUUGGCCAAUGAGUUCAAAACGCAAUUGGUGAUAUCUGGAGUAAGCGAAGAUGACGAUACUAUCCAAGGAUUACGCGAUGCUGGUCUUUUCGAAAAUGGUGAACAAAAUGAGGGUUCACACCCACCAAUUGAACUAUUCAGCUCAUUGAAUUACGCAUUGGAGUGGUGUGAGAACUCGUUCUUAAAGACGUAUAAGAGUUUGAAAAAGGGCAACCCGUUGGAUCCAGUGACUCGCCACACAUCGUCAAGGUCGGUUCCUGGAGCUAAAAACAAUUCAACGAGCUCAAACACGAUUGUGAACCUUGGAAGCAUGGCUAGGUCUUCAUCGAUUCAAUCGCCCUCUUCUUUUGGCAAUAAAUUGUUUAACCAAUUUGGAGGUGAAUACGGAACACCAAGAACAAAGCAAGUUCUCCAAGCGGCAAGUAAAACUGUUUAUGACGAACAAAAAACCCAACACAGACUUCAUCUAAACACUAAUAGCCAGUUUCUACAAAAACAGCCUUUACCUUUGAUGAUGAUCACAUUUCAGGGUUUGUGCUCCAAAGAUGUCGAAUUUUGGGCCCCAUUGGCUCCAUAUUUCGUUAAGGAACAAAUCCCAGAAAACUUGCAAUUUUACAACACUGGUAAAGACGAGCCAUCUUUCUUUAUAGUCGAACUGGGGUUGGUUAGAUCUGUAAUCAAGUUUGGGCCGGAGGGGAGAGAGCUACAUAGCUCAAUUGUUCCAUUGGUUGCGUUUGGUGAUUUGGACGAUGCAUCUCAGUAUAGACCAAUCUCAUAUACCACAGUGAACGAUUCGGUUGUGUGGAAAUUGUCCAGAGCCAGUAUCAAGGAGAUGUUGAAGCUGCAAGGAUCCAAGGGGGAAGCUAUCUACCAUGAGUUGUUGGAGAUUGAGGCGAAACUCAUUAGGGAAAGAUUUGAUACAAUGACUGCUAAUUUGAUCAUAUCAGGGUAG